ACGUAGUAGUGAGAAGAAUCUCAUUUUUUCAAAAAUCUUUAAAACCUUAUGAGAUAACUUAAUUUGCGUGCUUUUUUACUUUUUGAAAAUUUUAUUCAAUAGGCGAACUUUUCAUAUUGUUUCUGUUUUGCAAAAAAUUGCUGAAUUCGCAUAAAUAUCUGUUAUCAAAUUAAGCAACUCCAGCAACCUAUUUUCCAAGUACACGUUACCUUAUGCCGUACGCAUUUAAACAUAAGGGUUUUAUUAUAUUCGCUAUGUGAAAGUGCUGUACCCAAUUCUUAUUUUGACUUUUCUGUAGAAGAAAAAAAAACAUUAAAAUGCCUUCUUACAGACAAAACCAGCUUUUAGCUCGUGUGAAUUUUCCAUUAUAUACUGUUCAUUCUUUAUCUGAAAGACACAUCCUUGUAGCUGGAGGUGGCGGAGGAGCUAAAACUGGAAUACACAAUGUUAUAGAAAUCUAUGAACUUAUCAACAAUGGACGUACAUGCAGAGCACAGUCUGUGACUCAUUUUAAAACUGGAAAUGAAGCAAUAAUGAACUGUACAAUUUUUAACAAUCAAAAGUAUUUCAUUUUAUUUGCGGGAAAAGAAGGAAAUUGUCAAGUGUAUAAAAUGAAGCAUGAAAUCGUUGAAGAUGAAAUCUGCACAAGUAACAGUGUCAAAGAGACUGAUGUUCAGUCAACUGUGAGAAAACGUGUUCCAAGCACUGGUAGUGGAGUUGAAGAUGUUCCGCUGAGAAACGAUACUAGUGUAGCAAAAGAAUCAGACUCAAAUGCUAAUGACAUUCAUAAAUUAUUACGUUUCAACAUCCAGCCGUUGGAGUCGUUUCAAACUGAUUUUAGUGAUGAUCCUUUUCAGAAGCAAGUGAAAUUUUCUAGCUUAUCAAAAGUUUUAGCAAGUGCUGGCUCUGAUGGGCAUAUUAGACUUUGGAAAUUUCCAAAAUUAAAUCAAAUACAUGAUAUAGAAGCACACAAUGAUGAUGUUGAUGACCUAGAUAUUUGUCCUCGUGGCGAAAUGAUAGUCAGUGUUUCAAGAGACGGCCAUGGCAAAAUCUGGAGUAUAAAAGAUGGAUCGCUGAUAACGGAACUAAAGUACAGCUUACCUUCGAACUGUGAUUCUAAAUAUAUUUUCAGAAGCUGUAGAUUUGGACUGACUGAAAAUACAAAUGAAUUCACAUUAUUUACAACUUUAAAUCCUGCUGUUCGAAAACGACCACCAGCGAAAUCUUACAUUUGUAAAUGGGACACAAAGCAAUUUUCUUUGCAGAAAAUGGUAUCAGCUGGUUCUGAUAUGCUAUCAGUUAUGGCAAUAAGUGAUAAUGGACAUUUUAUUGGACUUGGUACACAAGAUGGAAGUGUAAAAAUGUAUAUAGCUUUUAGCUUACAACUAGUCUAUAAUAUUGAUCGUGUGCACAGCAUUUUCGUGACAGGCUUAGAAUUUUUGCCAUCGAGUGACGAGUCAAGACGGAUUACCGGGGGUCAUGAAGCAUCACUAAUAAGCAUAUCAGUGGAUAACCAUAUCAUAAUUCAUCACAUUCCAAUGAGAGGAUCUAUGGGGAUGUUAAGCCUAAUCACCUUAUUUGUUCUGACUCUCUUCUUUGUAUUUGUAGUAAUGGACUACUUCAAUCUGUGAAGUUAUUAAAUUAGUUCCAAAUAGCUAUGUACAUAAUGUAUGAAGAUUCAAAUCUUUUAAGAUAAGAAAUUUUAAUGUGAUCAUUUUAUUUAGUGUUUUAUCUGUAAAUAUUUUAAUUUUGAAAAUUUAUUUUAUUAUAAAUGAGACUACAUUUGU